AUGAAUUUUCUUUUAAUUUUAAACCAAAUUGAAAUUGUGAUAUUGCAGGUUUGCUUGGCUUGUUUGUUGCCCCUUUUUCUGGUUCCCAUAGUGAACAUCCUUCCUCUUCUCUUCGAUUUUAUAAUUGGAAAGAUCUAUAGGGUUUUUGGUUGGGAGUACAGGAAACCAGAGAGGACUCCUCCUGCAUGUCCAUACAAGCCUCCAACCACCACCGGGGUUAGUAAACAGGCUGAGGCAGAUGUUGAACCUAAUCCAGCUGAUCUUGUUAAACUUGGAAGUGUAGAUGUCAAGAAGGAUUAA